UCUUGUGCUCAGGCAGGCAGGGCAAGCAAUCUUCGUAAAACACACACAAAGCGGCGCGCCUGUCCGUAUGGCACACACACCAUUGAGUACUACUGUCCGCGACGACACCGAAGGCGAAGCCCCCUAGUUGAGAAAUGGCUCUUGCCUUUGAAAGGUGAUUCUGCAACUGGGCCCACGCUUAUCAAAUUUUAGAGCACUUUUUGGCCCCAAACGCGAGUGAAGACGCCUCCAAUAACGUCGUAUAUAGUGGUGUCAAACGCUGAUAUAUACGCUGUUUAUUGCAACUUACAGCGCGUGCAAAUUUAUACAUUAAUAUAUACAUAUAUGUGUGUGUAUAUAUAUAUAAUAUUAUAUUGCUUCUGGAUUGUGUGAAACAUAUUCACCACAUAAAAAUUAAUACUGGACAGAGGUACAUUUCAGUGAGAAAACAUCUCGAUAGUGUUUCAAGAUGAAUACAGUCGCUUUAACUAAACUAAAGGAGCAACAAAAUCUCUCAUUAGAAUCGUUGUCUGAGAUUUGUCGUCUAUGCCUUCGCAGCGAUAGUGUUCGCUUCGAUAUAUUCAACAAUGAGGAGGAUUACAAAGUGCCUCUGAGCCAGAGAAUUUGUGAGUUUUACAGGAUUAAGGUUUCGAAAAAUGAUCGUUUGCCAACGAAGAUAUGUCAUCACUGCCUGUUUCAGACUGAAGUACACACAGAAUUUCGAGAAGGAGUUAUGCAAAAUGAAAAAAGGUUGAGACAAUUUACAGCGACAGUUUGGCCAGAGACAAUAACUGAGGACAACACACAAACUGGUGAGACAAUGGACAGCGAUUUAACUGCAAAUGACAUAAUGGGGGAUGAUGAGGAGGUUAUGGAUGAAGAGCGUGAAGCUCAGAUGCGACGAGAGAUCUAUGUGCAGGACAUGAAGGGAUUGGAAUGCUACCCAGGCGAGAAUAGUCUCGUAACUGUGGUAGACCCAAACAAAGAUUAUAGUAGCUCCGACGAGGGCAGCGAAAUUGAAGAACAGGAACAAGAUCCUGAACCAGAAAUUGAUCAGGAAAGUACUGAGAUGGGUGCUAAUGUUCCGAUUGUGUCCGAAGCACUAAAAAAUAUAUUUAUGUGUAAGUACUGUGACACAGCAUUUAAGUCAGAAGAACUCUGUGGUGAACAUGAGUCUAAAUCUCAUCGGCCAGAUGCACCUUAUGGCUGCAAUUUCUGUAAUUUUAGCUGCACUUUCCGUACAUCGUUAAUCCUUCAUAUAAGAGAUUCGCACCGCACCGAAAAGCCAUACAUUUGUAAUACGUGCAACAAGGGCUUUGGCAGGAGGUCUGAUCUCAAGAAACAUACUAUCGUUCAUACGGGGGUUCGUCCUUUUGCAUGUUAUGUAUGUAAAAAGAAUUUCUCCCGUAAUACCAACCUCACGAAACACUUACGCAUCCACAGUGGUUUGAAGCCAUAUGUUUGCUCUCGUUGUCCUCGAUCUUUCACCACUCACACAGAUCUCAUUCGCCAUCAGCAAGUUCAUUCAGGAGUACGUCCCUUUCGUUGCUCAAGAUGUCCAGCUACAUUUACACGGCGCGAUAAAAUGAUUCACCAUGAAAGGGUACACCUGCGCAAGAUUGGACAGAUUCCUCAUACUACUGGUGAUUCAGGUCUUGAUCCAGAGAGUAUGGUGAUCGCAUUGGAUCCUUUUGCUAAUAUAAACCAUCAACUUACUGUAGAAACAGAACCUCCACCUCUUGUGAAUGACGAUACUCUGCCACGUUUUUCAGUGCCGGAUCAUAUACAAAAUCUUGAUCUCAUGUUCCCCGAGACGGUAAAUGACGUGGUGUCUUAUGGAGAUCUCAACGGUUCGGACAAACGUGUGUUUAUGUGCUCCAAAUGUCCCAAGAGAUUCAUCAAUAAGUCCUCCUAUCGUGAGCAUAUGAAUAAGCACACAGGUAUCAGAUGCCAUGUAUGCAAUAUCUGUUCCAAAGCUUUUUCCCGAAAGCGCGAACUUGACCGCCACAGUAUUGUACAUACGGGCUUUAAGCCAUUUGAAUGCAACACGUGUCACAAGCGCUUUGGGCGCAAGGAUAAACUGGUUCGUCAUGAGAGAAUUCAUAUGGAGGGCAAAUUAUUCGCUUGUGCUGUGUGCGAGGCAGCAUUUACUCGCAAGGAUUCUCUUAUUUUGCAUCAAAAGAUUCAUGGAAAACUCACACUGACUGAAGAAGCUCAGCAUCAAGGCUUGAUGAGUCAAGAUAUGGCCAUAUCACAGCCGUUCGAUCCUGCUAGAAUGCUAAAACAAAUUCCAGAGUUCAUCCCGCCUAUGCGUUGGAGUCAAGAGAUGGAACCCAAAGAAUGUGGGUUUUUUCAAGAAAUCCAACACUGAAAUUAUGUACCCCAAUAUCCACAAUUUUAGUUAGUAAAUAAUGUUGAUGCAAAUUACA